UAGAUUGAAUGCUAUGUGUCCGAAAGACAUAUCUCUUUGAAUUAUUAUCUUAACAGGUGGAGAUGGCAGACACGGAGGAAAAAAGAAAGGUGGAGAUGGCAGACACAGAGGAAAAAAGAAAGGUGGAGAUGGCAGACACGGAGGAAAAAAGAAAGAUAAUGAUGAUCCCUCUGUCCGAUUAAAAAAGAAGGAGGAUCUAAUGCUGUUUCUUGCCCUACACAUGGAAGAGUCUCCAAAAUGUAAAGCCCCCCCAAACAAGAAGGAACAAAGCGUUAAGUAUAACAAGUGUGGUAUUGUAGUAACUACAGGAGAUAAAAUGAAAAGAAUUGUCACAAUGGAUUGUUCCAGAAAUGAACUGCAUGCAGUGGAAGUGGUAAUGAUGAAUUUCCCAAGGUCUUUAAAAGGGGGCAAUGUCUUCUUAUCAAGGAAACCUUGCUACAGGUGUACUCAGUUACUUAUCCAAGGUGAAUUCUCCUCCGUUUAUUAUUGGCCAUGGGAUCCUGAACAGAGUUGCAUUACAUCAGACUCUUCGGCACCCACUGAUUCAAAGUGUGUUGACCAGAUGUUCCUAAGAAGUAAAAUCUCAUUUGAAUGCUUGGUUCCUGACCAAAUGAAGAACAUAAUGAUGGCAGACAAUCCUGAGAAAGUCAAAAGGGCUUUAUGUUGCCUGGACAGUUUGCUUCCCUGCAGCAAAGACUCUUUCUUACCAGCACAAGAACAAGAUAGAAAGCUUGACAUUCAUGCACUGCAGUUAUGCUUCCUGCUGGCUGCCAGAUCAGGCAAGUUGUCAUUUAACCUUUACCCUUACUACUAGCACAACAAGAUAAUGCUUGAAACUAAAUAUGUUAAAUAAAUAGGUAUGACAUUGAAUACUGUUCUAGGAGUUACACAUUGUGGA